AUGGAAAGAUAUAGCCCCAAAGCCCUUGUGACCAGCAGAACUGUUUCAAAACAAGCCUUUGCGAACAAGUCUGAUGAGAAAUUGAAAUGCGCAUCGAUUCAUGUGAAAAAUGUUUUGCUCAAUGAAGAAGAGGAUCUGUUGGGCUUAACUGAGAACACAUCGUAUUGUACAGAGUCAUCCUAUGAGGUGAUGUCAGCCAAUUCGUCUGACAUUGAAGAAAAAUCGCUCUCAUUCUCUGAGUGCAAAGUUGAAAAGAAUGACUUACUAACUGAUUCGUUGACAAAGAAGCCCACGGCUUUGCAAGCGGAUCCACUUAUUUCUUGCCGUUCUCAACACAGCAAAGUAUCAGACAUGAGCGAUGCAGAUUUUGGUUCAUCUACUGACGCCGAGUCCAACUUGAAGAACGAAAUCGCAGCACUAGAGUACAUCGUUUCCAAGCAAAAGCAGUACUUUUCUCGAAAAGAAAUCACCAAACGCGUGGAACGGCUUAAAGCCGCCCAAAGUGAUGAUAUUCCCAAGGAAAGUCUGCAUCAGGAACAAGCCGGUAACAAAACCAUCAAGGAGCAUCGACGAAAACCACGCAGGCCAUCGAGGGCGCAUCAAAGUAAAAAGUCGAAAUCGACUGAAGAUGCUCCAAAGUCUUCCAAUGGUUUUGUUGACGUGAAACAACAGAUUACACCAUCCUCAUUAUCACAACCAUUGGUUGAUCGUUCUAGAAGCGAUCGGACUCGUAAAUUUGUCAAUCCAAAAGAAGAAAGCGUAUCGACGACAACGCGACCAAGGUCUCGAAAGCAUCGCCGAUCGUCGAUCUCAAUUGAUCAUGCUGGCCAAAUCACUGAAGAGUUUGCCUAUCGGCCACGUCCUUCCAAGGCAGUCGCCCCAUCAAAUGGGGAUAGUAGGACUGCGAAAGAAGACGGAAGUACCCUCCGUACCAGUGUAAAGCGAGGGAGACAGAAGGGAAACCUUUGGAAAGCAAUGGUGAAGCGAUACAGCACAUCCUCAAGGGCGGGGGAGAACUAA